AUGAAGACACUUUAUUAUAGUAGCGCUCAACAAGCUGUAUACUGGAAGAGGGACCCAGGCGUAGGCACUAAAAGCCGCAUUGAGCGAGUUAUAGUGAGUAUCCCGCAAUCCUCAAAUCCAAACAUCGAAACGCAGGGCCGACCAUACGAGCGUAGGAUACAAGUCUUGUUCGGUAUACUGGAAGAGGGACCCAGGCGGCCGACCAUACGAGCGUAG